GGUUGAACAUGAGCUCUACAUCAUCCAGCACCUGUGUAUAUCUCUUACUAUUGAUACUACUCUCUUCUUCUAAAGCGAGAAGACUACUCGUCAUCUAAAAAAAAACUCCGACCAAGGAUGCUUCUUAAAACUCUAGCAAUCGGCCUCUUUGCCGUCCUGGCGACUGCACUCCCCACCUCCUCGCUCGACAAGCGCGCUAACGUCGCGGUUACAAGCUCCUCCAACCUCGUCAAGUAUGCCAACUACGCUGCCGCUGCUUACAAUAACCACAAAGUUAACACGUGGAACUGCAAGGUCGCAUGCAAGCAAAAGGCCACGGCUGGCACCAAGGUGGCUGGGUACUGGGACUAUCCUAGUGUGGGCAACAAGGGCUACAUCGCGGUUAAUAGCAAGACCAAGGAAAUCAUCGUUGCCUACCGCGGCACCAAGACGGCAUUGGGCUGGGUCACCAACGUGCAGGCUACUAAGGACAACUGGCCAUCAGGCGUGAAGGGCUCGGAGGUGCACAGUGGUUUCCUGAAGGCCUACAAGAAGUCGCAAAAGUUUGUCCGCAAGUCGAUCGACAAGCUUGCCAAAAAGUACCCCACAUACAAGGUUGUGUUUGUCGGACACUCUUUGGGUGGUGCACUUGCUUCGUUGACCGCCGCCGAUGUCGCUAAAAGCACACCGGAGCUGACUGAGAGAAUGCACCUGUACACGUACGGGCAGCCUCGCGUUGGUACCCAGGAGUUUGCUUCGUGGAUGAACAAGCGCGGGUUCCCUAUCUACCGCGUCACCUACAAGCAGGACGCUGUCCCCCAUUCUCCGCCUCUGGCGAUGGGAUUCCGGCACUUUAACCAGGAGGUCUGGUACAACCUGGCGGGCGAUAUCAAGUGGUGCGGAGCCACAACUGAGAACAAGAAGUGCCAGAACAGCGUAAAGCCCCAGGACUUCAGCAAGGACGACCAUUCCAAGUACCCUGGGUUCGAGUACUAAUUCAUAUAUCAUUAUCCUUUUCCUCUUCCGAAAUCUCGGUAAAUAUUCAUAUCGAU